UGUCUUAUUCUUUCUUUGAGAUCCUCCGUUUGUAUUCGUAGGUGAAGCCUCGCCCCGUUUAAAGGUCCCGAAGCCCCACGCUGAGGUCGCGAUUCCACUUGAAGCAGAGAUAAGAUGAACUGACUGUUUGUUAUGGGCGGGCAGGCGGAGAGUAAACAACCCCCUUUAUGACACGUAAGCACUUGGCUUGCCGUCAGCUAAAGGGCCACGCUGCACAAUUCUCGGCACCGGUGGCAUUCUGCUCUUGAAACUGCGGGAUAAUCCCUUGCUACGGGCGGGGGAAGCACGCCUCCUAUCCCGUCUGAUCGGCCAGUCCUCAUCUCAUAUGUUGCACUUUACAAGAUGGCGGGAUCGGGCACAGAAAAGGACAGGAGCAUUACAGAUGACGACCACCUGAACAAUUGGUUUGGAACCACUGGGCUCGGCUCUCCGGAUCGAGAGGACAUUGCGCGGAUACUGACUGUGCCUUUCAGUGGCAGAAUCAAGGGAGGAAUGAAACCAGGGAAGAAAAUCAUUGUGAUGGGGAUUGUGGAUCCUGAACCUGAGAGUUUGGAUAUCAGCUUGACUUGUGGCAACUUAGAGGCGCCUCCUGCUGAUGUGGCCAUUUUGCUUAGUGCCAGAUUUGCAGAGCGACAGUUUAUCAGAAAGGCCUGUGUCUCCGGAGAAUGGAGUGAUGAAGAAACUCCCAUCCCUUACUUCCCAUUCAUUCAGGACCAACCAUUUAGGGUUGAAAUUCAUUGUGAGCACCAGCGAUUCCGAAUAUUUGUGGAUGGGCAUCAGCUCUUUGACUUUUAUCACCGUGUUAACUCUUUGCCUUCCAUUGAUACAAUAAAGAUUAACGGCAGCUUGCAAAUUACAAAACUGGGCUAGGCUGAUCUCCAGAAGCCGAGGACACCUCGAUGUCUGCAAGUGACUUUGUGCACUCGCCAUAGUGCUAAAAUCCAAAUGGUGGGGUCCGCUUAUACUGCACUGCCAGCUGGCUUCCAAUAAGCUUUGUGUGUUGCGCUAUAAAACAAAUCAGUGGACAGACUUUAAUCAACACAGUAAGUUGGCAUUUAGUUCUAAAGACAGCAUGCAGAUUAAUGCUGAAAACGACAACAAAAUUCUGUCUGUUGCAUAAGAUUUGAAAAGUGAUAAGAUGUUUUUAUGGGGAUGUCACAAUAUGGUUCAACUAGUUUAUGGUAAUGGCUGGGGUUACUCUUAGAAUUUUAUAAGAAUAUCAAAACUAUUUAUUCUUAUCUUUCUAAGCAUUAAAAUGCUCUCAGGAAAAAAACUUAUUUAUUUGUCUCAAUAGGUUUAAUAAUAAUAAAAAUCUGAUUAUAAUAUAAUCUGGUUAUAAAUGGUAAUGUAAUUCUAGUGUUUUUAAAUAUGCUUAUUGGAUGAUAAUCACAAAUUUGAUUUUAAAAAUAUUGAAACCAAAACUAGAGCAGUACCCUGAGGUCAUUUUCGCCUAGCAGUGUAAUCCACAUCAUUAAGACGGAAUUUGCUAUGUGUCUUUGCAUUGAGCCUCUGGACAUACUUUAUAUUGUGAUGUCCCCAAUGAGAAGAUAGGGGCUACUGUUAAUCACCAGAGGGUGAUAACAUUAAUAACUGUUCAGACAUUUUAUUUCUCAAGUAUUUGUAUGCACUGAAAUUUAACAGCACAAAACAAGUAAAAUAUAUUUUGGCUAGGGCUAUGUGUAGUAUGGAGAAUUUUUUGAUGGCUUCUUAGUGAGUGUGUGUAUGUAAACUGACUGGAGUAUUUGCAGUGUCCGUCUGCUUACGUGUAACAUUUGUAACAGUAGCAGUCAAUAGAUAAGACCUGAUCUGUAUUUGAAUGUACUCUGUAUUUUAGUGGUUAAAAAAAAGGAACGUUUGCCCAAAUCUGGUAUUUCAGAACAAGCAAUUCUGCAUUCAGCCACUAUGUGGUGCCAGAUCUUAAAUCAGUAAGCCUAAAAUGCACAAUGUUCAAAAAGUGAAAAUAUUUUAAAGACAUGCAAUUUGCUUUUGCUUUUUAACUUAGACAUAUUUUGGCUUAAUUAAGUAGAAUUGGUCUCACUUAAAAAAUAACUAACUGAAUGUUAUUGUUUCAUCCUCCCCAAGAAUCUUACAAUGGCAUGCGUCAUCUGUAAAUAUAGCACCAUUUUGCUUGUUGUCUGAAGACAAUCCAGUCAGAAACAUGGUGCCAUGAUUUCUUAAAUCAAAGAGGAUGAGGACAACUACAAAAAUAUGUAUGUAGAACACCACUACUAUAAAAAUACUAAAUAUAGCCAAGGACUAGAAAAAAAGAGGUAUACUAACCAAGAAUGAGAGCUGCCCACACUAGCACAUCAGUCCAUGAACAAUGCAGCUCUUCAGAAUUCAAGUGAUUAUACUUCAUAAUAGGGAAGGAAAUGUGAAAUGUCUAGCAUUGUUGUUGCAUUUUCCAGGUAUAUUUUUUUGUAAUAAAUCAUACUCUUUUGGAAAUUGCAGGGUAUCUCUAGAGCAUGCAGCAUAAAAUAUGUCAUUUGAGCAGAACAGUCUAUUCUUUGUAGGUGAUGGAUAUUUUUUUAUCAGGACUGAAAAAUUGAUUUGUCCUCUACAUUUUGUAUAAAUGACUGCUUAGUAGUUGAGCAAUAAGCCUCAUUUUAGAGGCCUAUGGUAACGAAUUAUGUUCAAGAGUCAACGCUUCUAUAUUAUAGUUGAAUGUUUUCGUUCUCAGCUGUUUCAUUAUGCACAGGAAUGUUGAAAUGGUGCAGAUAUGAGCUAUGUUGAGAUCUAUGUGAUGAUAAGCAUACGCAAAACGGUAUAACAUUUCAAUCAUCAAAUAGGGUAAAAUUUUUCACGGUAGAGUAAACUUGACUUUAAUCAUAUAAUAUAAUAAGUUAACACUGGCUGUUUCAUGCAUGUCUUCCCCAUUAUUUUAGGAUACAGAAUGUCUUCAGAUGCUCAGUGGAAGGGAUUAGUAACCACAAAUCAGUCAACAUCCAUGAUCAUGAGGUGCUGUUACAGGGAUGGAUUUAAGUUUAUCCCUCUCAUGAUUCCCAGAUGAAAAACGUUAACUUUGGGGGCACCAAAACAUUUUCCUGUUCCGCUAGCACAUUAAUUCCUAUAUUUUUGGUGCUCUGAAAACAUUACAUGCAAUUCCAGGGUGGAGGUAUCCACUGCUAAGACUAAUUGUCUAAACAUUGGUGCAGCUAAACCACACAGAAGGUGCUUGAAGCUACUUUAAAUCUGACUUUAAAAGAGGCAUACAUUUGAAGUGAAUGAACACUAAGGAAAUGUUUUCCUCUCUUCUCUCUACUCCUGAGUGCUUUCCUUACUAUCACUAACUACUUCAUUAGUCAAGUAAAUGACAGUUACUAGAUAAUGAUUACUAGCAAGUCUCGCAGAAUGUUAAAAUUAGUGUCAAGGACCUAAAUAGCUACUUAGCAAUAUCCAAAGUCAUAAUGAGUACACAUAUUUUGUGUAUAUCUCAAAUGCUGUGGAUUAAAUUUUGGAAAUUUGAGUCAAAGGAAAAUAUUGUGUCUUUGUUGAUUUGUUUGCUGUUCCUGGCAACGUGUGUCGUUGUUAGCAUGUUGCAUCUCAUAAUACAUGGCAAUAAGCUUUCAGAAAUGAAUGCUAAUGUCAUGAGUCUGUACUUCAGUAUGACAGUCAAGGUAUAAAAAUGUAGGGCUAGAUGCCUGCCAAAAGCAAAUGGAAUAUCUAGAGCUGGGGUCUUCAGGUUCAGACCUUCAGGUUUUUGUUCCAUCACAAUUUUUAACUAGAAGUUAAUGACAGCUGCUGAAGUCAUUACUGCUCAAUCAAAUUUUUGUGCUUUUAUUCAAAUUCUUAUCUUGCUCAUGAAGAUUCACACUACUUAAUUGCAUUUUUUAGUCUUAAACAGCUUCAUUAAUUGUUGUUUUUAAAUGACUUUUUUUCUUAUUCAGCUGUCCAUUUACAAUAAGGUGCAAAUGACCAAAGCCUGCAAUGUUACUAUCUAAAGCUGGCAUCACAUUACACGGCUUCUAGUUGAAGGGGAUGUCAUAUUAAAUGAUUGUAGAUGCUGUUCUUGUCAUCUGAGAAUGUCAAAUUACAGCACUAGGAAUUGCAGGGGAUUACAAAUUACACAACUCUGUAAAGAUUUUCCAGCACAUCUUCACAUUUCCAAACUAUUGUGAACUCACCCCCUUUUCUGACAUCCAGUAGUGUGCUGUUUGACCAUGGCAGUGCCGUAUAUAUGCUUUCCAGGUACAGCGAGUUCAGCUGUAAUCUCAAGACGUUUUUUUAUCCCUUUUUUCAUCUGUCAUGGUGCAUAAUACACAAGGCAUCAAACAAACAAGACUCUGUUCUGUUACUGAGGUUUAAAACAGACAUGUUCCUUAUUCCUCGUAGCUGCAUUGUAUGCAUUUUACUCCUAAGUGAGCGCUUACUCAUCAUCUUUCAUGAACACAAAAGCCUGCCACUAUGUCUUAAGAUAAAAUUGGAGCUGUAUGAUUUUGUUCUGACAAAUAACAGACUGGUCAGACUAAGUCCUUGGGGAUGUCAGACUAUUUGACUGGAGGUGAGAUCAGUCCCUGACUUUCUAAGUAAAUAAAACGUGACUGAAAAUCACUGAAGAAUUUUGUAGUGUGACAGGGCUUAACUUAGUCACAUUAACACUCCAGUGAAUUCAUCAUGUAGUAUCUGUUUAAAAAAGACCACAGAUGUAUAUUAUACCUUUAGCCAGCAAUGCUACUGUUAAAGGAAAAAAAAUACAGAUUCAGAAAAAACUGAUUAAUAGAAAUUUUUCAGAUUGCUAGCUUAUUAAAGGAUAAGUUUUUUUCAAGCCAAACCUAUUUCUUCCCAACUAUGGUAUAUACCGUAUUUACUCGCAUAUAAGUCGGCCUUGAAACCCAAUAAAUCGAUCAUAAAAUCAAACCCUGGCUUAUACGCCCGUUCAAAAAUGCGACACUUAAUUUUUUUUUUACAUCUUCUUACUUCCUCCAAUCUCGCAUCAGUUACUCCAACGCAUCAAAUUUUGUUGCAGCAGCACAGUUACCAAUUUCUUUCGCCACUUCAACAACUUUUAAUUUAAAGCCAGCUUCAUAUUUUCUUCUGAUUGAAUGCUCCAUUGUAGAUAAGGGAUGCUCUUACAAUAAAGAUGUAUGAGGAUGUGGGAUACAAAAAACACAAAACAGUGCAAAAGACCCUUCGGAAUAGUUUGGGUAUUACCAUGUGGUCACGUAGGCACAAUAUAUAGAAAAAAAAGGCAGUGUGCUCCGUGGUCACUCGCUCAGGUGGGCGUUAGCAUAGCAUAAUCUCUUGGACCAAUAGCGUGAGUUUUCCGCAUUCGACUUAUACGACAGACAUUGUAAAAUACGGAAAAUUAUACGGUAAAAUCAAGGCCUGACUUAUACGUGGGAGAACUUAAACGCAAGUAUAUACAGUAUGUAUUUGCCACGCAAAAUUGUGUUCUAAAGUUUAAAGAUUUCUGUAAAUAUAAAAAGAUACAUAACUCGUCAUUGAGUUUUACAGUGUAACCUUAUGAAGCACAAUGUACCACCAGAAAAUAAAAGCCUAGAAACUUACAGAUAAAACGGCAAAAGUUUCAAUAUAAGAAAAUAUCCCAUCUGUGUUUCCGAUUAUAUGUUUAUGACAACUAAAGGGAUCUGCAAAUAAUCAUUUUAUCCCAUAUUCCUGGUCAUAUUUUCCUUGAGGUAAAGAUGAGUUUUCUAUUUGUUUCUUUGAGUUUACUGUGAUUUGGUUUUUCAAGAGGAAACCACACCCUGGAGGUGGCUGGAAGGUUAUUGUGGAAGAAGACGAGCACUGAGAUGGCACACACAGCUGGUCUUCUUUUAAAAUGGCUGAAUGUCAUACUUGUGUUUUUUUUUUGUACAAAAAUCACAAUCACAGCCUAUUUUAUAAUAUGUGUGUGAUUGAAAAACUUGACAACUGUCUUGGACUGACAGUGGACAUAUUUGUCGUAAGUUUUAGGCUUUUGUUUUCUGAGCCUCCUGUUCCACAAUAAAAUGGCAGGAGUGGCUUUGUAUUUUUUUAAAUUUAUAGAAAACCCUGGACUUUGGCACACAUUUUUGAGUGGCAAUUGCAUAUACUAUGUUUGUGAAAAAGGAAGUUUGACUUAAAAAAUACCAAACUUAUCCUUUAAGUGCUGCAUUUCUCAGCUUUUAAUGACAAUCAAACAUAAAUUUGUUUAUUUGCUAUUUGCUAUAACAAUAAAUAGAAAAUUUUAAUAUUAAGUGAAAUUAUAUAGAAUGGAACAAGAAGAUCACUGUACCACCUUUGUUUUAAUGAAACAUGUUUGACUCUUUCUGUAAGUGGACAUAGAGUGCAAUGUUCUGCUGCAUUUAGGGAGUCUGUGCACUGUCUUCAAAGUAAGUGUAUUUGUAAUUUUUGUUUAUUCAAGAAAUGGACAAAUAUAAAAUACAUUAGAAAAAUACAAUGAAAUUACCAUUUUCAAGGCAAAUCUAAAAUAGAACAUCAUUCAGUAAUUCAGGUCGCACAUAGUGCUUCUCUGUUUUAACACAGAUGAUUUUUAAAAAUUUUCCAGUAGUUUUUAAAUGGGAGUUUUUAUGUUUUUUUUUUUUGUUUACAGUGCAAAUCGAACUUUUUUGACACGUGUCCUUGAAGAAUAACAGUACCAGAUUACAACAGGAUUGUUCCACUGGUAGCAGAGGUCUUUUAGAUAGAUAGAUAGAUAGAUAGAUAGAUAGAUAGAUAGAUAGAUAGAUAGAUAGAUAGAUAGAUAGAUAGAUAGAUAGAUAGAUAGAUAGAUAGAUAGAUAGAUAGAUAGAUAGAUAGAUAGAUAGAUAUGACAACAACAGUAGGUGCUUUGAUGACUAAGAUGUUUGUCCAGAUAUUAAUGUAGCACCAUGUACACAAUCAUCAGCCCUAACUGUACUCACAGCUCUAAACAGAUGUGUGAUAUGUGAUUUGUUAUUUUUAUAAUAUUAGAACAGUAAAACUGAAUUUACCCAAUUAAUUUAGUUGUUCAAACAGUAUUGCUUUAUUUAGUGAACAAGAGUCAGUUUAUUUAGCAUUGUGAGGCUGUUGAAAAAAACAGUAAGUAAUGUACUAUUUCUGGGGCUAAUUGUUGGUUAACCCUGUUGAUUUCUACAGAUUUUGAACAUGGGCCAUGGAGACAGCUCUGUCACACAGGACACAUCCCCAUCUGCUUUUAACUUACUGUAUUAUUAGGCAGUGAGGUAUACGGUGGUUUUAUUUGCAGGAGAUAAUUGGAUAAAUGAUCUUUGUGCCCAAAUCUGUGGACAAUGUAAAGUGAAGCUAUUUAGAAAUGGAGGUCAUCAAUAAUUUGUUACUAGCAUGUAGAUUAUUUUGCCAUAGUGAGUAGAAUUUUCUGAAAAGAUGAUUUAUAGCUGCUAUCAUAUUAAAAAAAGUUAUAACUGAUACAGAUGUGUGCUCUUUGAUGCCUUGUAAAAUUUUAAAGGCUUAAUUUUGGUAUUUUGGUGUUUUUCCAACAUAAUAUUGCAAACCUAAAAGUUAAAAAAACUGUGGCAUUUGCAUUAAGACAAAAUAUCAAAUCUACAGGCAUUAUUUUUAGUGAAUUAAUCAUUCUGAAAAGUAUUGAUUCUUUUUUAAAUUUACUUUUCCGCUUCAGAACUGCACUUCUGAAAAGCAGUUAGGCACAGAAGUGGUAUUUAAUGGUUUAGAAUGAUUUUUAAAAAUGUCAUUUUACCUGUAAUGUCAAAGUUGUGUCUUAAAAGCAAGCAAGCCAUACUACGAAGUCCGAGACGAACGUUUAUUUGAUCAGAUAGUUAAGUCAGAAUUAAACAAAGGUUGGCAUGCCCUGCCUGUUUUGUUAACUGGAAUUUUGCUUUUUAUGGCCCAGGAAUCCCUGGCAGUGUCAUGCAUGUUGCAGGACAGUGCGUUAAAUGUCGGCAAAAUGACACAAAGUUUGGUGAGUGAGCCUUAAACAAUCGAUAUUCACAGCCUUUGCAUUUAGUUGUGUUUGAGGGGAACAUGUACAGUAUGCCUAGAAUUUGUGGUGCUUUUUGGUUCUUGUUAUGUUGAAGAGUGCAGUGGACUGGCGCCCCAUGAAGUGCUCAGUCAUACCUCAUUAAUUGCAGUUCAUCAUAACUAGAUAGCCAUUAGAGGUGAAACAGAGAGAAAAGCACAUUAUAUUGACAUUUUUAUUUAAACAAGGUCGUGCUUUGUUGUUUCACUUUCUUUUAUUAUUUAUUAUGGUCGAAUAUUAUCUUGAAAGUAAACUAAAAACAAAACCAUAACUUGCUAAUUGUUUUAACAUCCCCUGAAUAUUCUCCUUGUCCUUCAUGACUUUUCGUGUGCCCUUUUUACUUAACAUUCCACUUUCGAUUUUCUUCUGGCAGGCAUUAUGAUGCUGGAAAGGUAGUGCUGUUCUCAGGAAGACUUCACCCUGCCAUUUAUUCCUAGCAACCCAUAAAAGAAGUGACAGACUAGAACACAAAUACACAGUAACGCAAGAUAACCCAACAUGCCCUGCUGCUGUUCAAAUUGUAUUUGUGUCUCAUCCAUUUAUUUUUAUUUCACAACACAUUUACCAUCCUGUUCACUGUCCUUAAGCCUAGUGGUGCAAUAACCAUUUCACCAUAGCCUGUCUGCCUGCACGGCCAUUGCUAAUUUUUGAGAACGUGAUGUGUUGUCUCUUGUGAUAGCAGUGGUCCACGCUGUCUGUUCUGGAAGAUCAUGGUGAUGGACAAUUUCAGCACCGUCAGUUUCUUAAUCAGCCAAAUCAUCUUGUGAACUGAAGUUUUGUGCUGCUCAUUUUUCUUUUUUAAUGUGCCAAAUUAAUCUGAGGGAUCCAGCUUAGCAAUGUGCACAUUAUUUUUGAGCCCUUUGUUACACAGAAGAACAUCUAAGCUACUCAUUCAAUGCUGACAUGUCUAUUUUUUAACAAAGUCCGUUCUAAAAAAGGAAGUGUGGAGUAAAUAAAUUAUGAUGUGCAAAUUCAGUUGUAUUACACAGUCAAUCCCCAUUACAGUAGAGAGAAACGCAGAUUCUGCACAGACCAUUGUCUCUUUCACACGAUAUAAAGAAGCUAUAAUUCCUCUUCGGAAGGGCAGAAACCGGUAAAAAAAAAAACAUGCAGAUUAAAUCUAGGAAAAUAGUAGAGCAUAGGAUUCGGCCUUCACUAAGUCAAAAAGGACAGGAUUGUUGGACCCAUGUUUAGGACAUUGGAGGAAACUGUAAUAAGUGGUGGCCUGCUGUCUUUGUAACCCCAAGUGAAGCACCAGAGAUAGAUUUGUUUUGCUGUAGGCAGAUACCACACCCGCCAAACCUAUGACCACCCUCUUUGGAGGUUUAUACCAUGUGACCAUGACUUAAUUAUUCCUGGCCAUCAGGCAGUAAAACAAGAAAUUUACCUGCAAUUGCCAGUGCAGCUCCACUUAGCCGAUGGAAUGUUUGGUGUGCACUUGCUGUGGUAUCAACAAUACAGCAAAGUAUCUGCUGGUAGAAAUAUUAAGAAAAUAACAUUUUAAAUGAAUAAUACAUCUACUGUAUAUAUAUAAUUCUCUAAGCUGCCGCCAGAGCGGGCAAGACACCCAUGAAAGCACGCAGGAAGGAGCCGCGCCCACCAACUGUAAGACCAUUGGAUAUGAUGAAAACUCGCAGAGCCACGCCCACCAACUCGGACGCGAUGCCUCGAAAAACAUGCCGUCAUUUCUGUGUGUCUGUGCUACAGUCCACAUGCAGCUCUGAGCCACGUUGACUUUUCGGUUACGACGCAUGACCACGUGCAACAUCGCAACCUGUUUUACACGCUACAUACAGCAAUUCGCAUCCGCGACAAACAUGCAUCUUCUUAGAUGGUCCUGCAGGAACACGGAAAACGUUUCCCAGCCCACCAAAGCAGGACCAUGUAAGAAGAGGCAUGUUUGUCACGGAUGUGAAUUGCUGAAUGCAGCGUCUAAAACAGUUUGCGAGGGGUAUCCCAUGGGAUCCUUAAAACAAUCCUUUAAAACUGAGGUUAAAACAUAAUGAAGGAAGCAGUCUUUAAAAACCAAUAAGCCCUGCGCCUCUGUUUCAUUAGCGUCUCACCUGCUUCACCGAUGUAGGCCCUGCAACAGUCGAGAUGCUCUCUCAGCAGCUGACCUUCUCUGUGCCUGACUCCACUCCAGGCUGCAACAAAAUUAUGAAAGUACGGGCGCAUUUGUUUCACACAAGCUGUGUGUGUGGGUGGGUGGGUGUUAGUUAGUUAAUUAGGUACUCUAAGGAUUUCAAGAUUUAAUAUGCACAAGCGGUAACACUGCAAAAGCAGCUUAAACCAGAAAAGACGGCUGGCAAAAAGUGGCCGACAAAUUAAACGCGUGUGCAUUGUACUUACUGAAAGCAGUGUUACGGAUUUUGCAAAUGUUCAUUUUUUUCCCUCUGCUUAAAAAACAUUUAAAAAGCGGCGUGAUUAUGCGGCGUAUACUACGCCGCGGGUUGGUAUGCAGCGUGUAAAACAGUUUGUUUGUCGCGGAUAAUUUGCCUUUUACUAUUACACAAAGACAAUUUCCUGUUAAUACUUCGUUACAUUGAUAUAGCGGUGUUCUCAAUAUUCAAUGCGCUAUCCACACAGGGAGGAACCGGGAAGCGAAACUACAAUCUUCCACAGUCUCCUUACUGCAAAGCAGCAGCACUACUACAGCGCCACAAGGCAGUUAAAGAAUACACCGGGCUCGAUUUUGUUUUCACUUCUGUUUACAGAGAUCGGGUCGUAGAAAGCAUUGUUGCAAUGUUACUUGUCUUUGUGGCUUAUUACAUUACGAAUGUUUCACAUGUUCAUUUUUUCCCCUGUGCUUAAAAGACAUUAAAAAAGUGUUUCUCAACUGUGACUCCGGAACAUCUCAGUAUGCAAGCUAUAUUAAGCGUCAACAACGAAGACUCGCUACACCUUAAUCUACAAGUACUGACACUUAUCCCUACCAACAAAGUAACUUUCACCAGCGUGGCCUUCUUCGUCACAGACGAUCCUGCUUUCAGUCACGGACAAUUAUAUGUUGCUCUCUCCAGAGGUCCAUCUUUUCAUUCACUCACAGUGCUAUUCACAAACCCACCCCAUUUGGACAACUGUGUCGUUCAGGAAGUGUUCACCCAUCAAUACAUAAUUAUGCGGCGUAUGCUACGCCGCGGGUUGGCUAGUCUUAAGUAAUACAAAAAGUAUUUGCAGUAUAAACUCUUAAUAUUAGAAUUGGUCAUGUAUUAAAUUCUGCAGUGUAUAUGUCAUGGGAUGGCUGAUGGCCUGCUAGUAUUCAUCUUACACUUUAAAGCAAUAGUUGAACCAAUGCAACCUUAUGAAAUGGACAGAAAUGAAGAGUUAAAGAAAUACAUGGAGAUUAAAUUGCCCUUCUUUGCACAGGAGAGGGAAAGCGGAGCUUUAAAUGCCAGGGUGAAAAGCUCGGGGAGUUAAUCCUCGUUAGUCUUGAGCAGAGGAGGCCAUGUGGAGUUAGGGUUAGAUCCUCAAAACUCUUAAAGGCAGCAGUAAAGAGUCUCCACCAGAAUUCUUUCUACUAAAUGGCAUCGCGAGCACUAGUGGAAUUUACUGGGAAUUGCAUUUAAGACUUGAAGCCAGGAAGCACUUCUAUAAGCAAAAAGUUGUGAGUGCCUGGAAGAGACUACUGGGAUAUGUAGUUGAAGCAGAAACCUUGAUAAGCUUGAAGACAUAUUUGAAAGAGUUAUUGGGAAAGGUUUAUGUGAACAAAUGAGCUUGAUGGACAGAGUGGUUUGUCACACUUCUCAUGUUCUUAUUAGCCCACGUUGGCAGUGUUGCCCAGGUAUAAUUAAAGGGGGGAAAAAAACUGUGUUUUGGAAACGCAGUCCAUAAUGAGACAAAAGAUGUACUCUUGCACAAAAACUGCAAUCCAACGAGACAAUGAAAUUGUUGUCCAAAUAAGUUGAUAGGCAAAUGUUGUACGUAUACCUGCGGUCAUUGAUGAGGUUGUGCUUUGACCACUACAAAACUCUUGUUGCAUUCCAUUUACCUCAAAUGUCGGUGCUGGGAAUGACGUCACACCCAAGUUAGUCGCCUUCCAGUAAAGAUUCCGAAAACCAAUAUGGAUGCGUUCAAGAAAACUGUUGUGUAGCAGUUAAUUACAAUACAUUAUGUGAUAUUUUAUUUGUCCAAACACUGCAGCUACAUGCCCACAGAUAGAGGUUGGACAGUACUGCGUGUGCGACUGAUUUCAUGAAACACAAAUAGACAGAA